UUUACGAUUACUUGAAGUGUCAAACUAUUCAUAGUAACAUAUAUAAUAAGUGUGACUUACUAACGUUACAAAAAAUAGUUAAUCAAAGGAAAAUAUUGUCUCAAACAAUUCUAAAAAUUAUUUGAAUCUGACACUAUUAAUAACAAAAGCGAACUGGAUUCCUUAAUCAAGCAGUAGAAUCAUAACCUAAAGCAAUGGAUGAAACGUAUUUCGAUGAAGGACCAACAGGAAACUUUGAAACGACUACGUUAGAAAUUACCAAAGAACUCGAUAGCAACGAAGUUAACGUUCAAAACACUAUUUCUGCUGGAGUUGAUACUGCAAAGAAGAACCGAGAGAACAGGGAGGAUUAUAUUUCAAAUCAAGUUCCAUCAUCAAGAGAUGUAUCUAAUAUUCCUUUUAAACAUAUAGAUAUUCACUCAUUUUUUUCCGAUAGAAAUGAGGUCGUUGAUAGAGCAUUAAAAGAUUGUCAGGAGAGUUUAAUAAAUGAAGAAGAGAAGGAUAUCGUUGGAAACUGGCUUUUAACAGAAAUAAGUUUGUGGGAUAUUGAGAAAGAAAGAUUAGUAAUACUUACAAAAAAAGCUAUUUAUUCAGUAAAGUAUGAUUUCAUCUCUUUAAAAAUACUUGAGUAUAAUCGGAUACCUUUGUUGCAAAUUGAUACACUUAUUUCGGGUGAACUAAUUUACCCUUCUACAUCUCUAGCACCACGAUUAAAUGGAUUGGCAGAGGGUGUAUCAUCAAUAAUUCAUUGUACAGUUCAUCAAGAGUGGUCUUCUCUUGCUUCUUGUACAGGUCUUGCACAGUUUGAACCUAGAAAAAGACAUAUGUCUGGAAUAAGACUGAUGUGGAACAGAGGUAAUCCAUUACCAUUAACUAAGAAAUGGAAUCCAUUUGCAAAAGAUAUACCAUGGCUUACUUAUACUAGUCAUCCACUAUUUUGGUACAAAGGAUCAGAAACAGAGAAAGCAAAAUUCAAUGCUGAGGGUCUGCAAUCAUCAAUUAAAAAUUUGUUGCCAUCUGACUGUAGUGUAAAAAGUGGACUUAUUAUCAUAGAAAACUACUUUGGUGUAGGUGCCUUGGUACACAAUAGAAAUGGAUUAGGUUUCUUUAAAAUUCGUGGAAAAAUUAGUUUUUAA